UUCCACGAAGAACCUUCUUCAGUCAUCACCUCAUAACUCUUUCCAUCUCACUCUUCUUCAUGUCUCAAAAUUAGGUCGCAUCACUUACUCGAUCUCUAGCUGUUUCUUCUAUAUUUAUCUCGCUCUAAUUCUCCACCGUUCUUGUAAUUAUCGGUUUAUUUCACUUAAAAAUUGCUAGAAAUGGAACAAUCUCUUGAUGUAUCUGAACCUUUAGAUGAUAAAUCAGUUACUCAUGAAAACGAACCCACUGAGGUGAAUGAGUCGGUAUCCGAUGGUAGAGAAUUUGAUGGAGUGGAUUCUCUAGCUGAAAACGAGGAGAAAUUGGAUGAUUCAUCUAAAGGAAGGAAGAAUAGUAUCUGGGUUGUGAUUAUAACCUUCUUUUUUAGUAUAUUUGCUAAAGUAAAGCAAGCAUUGGUGAAAACCAGGGGUUUAGAUUGGUGGCCUAUCACUCAGAGGGCGAAGAGAUUGAAGAAGUUGACUGCUGAAGCUGAUGCAAAUCCAAAGGAUGCGGCGAAACAGAGUGCUCUAAUGGCAGAACUCAAUAAGAAAAGUCCUGAAGCUGUCAUAGCACGUUUUCAGCAAACAGAUCAUGUUAUGGAUAGUAGAGGAGUUGCGGAAUAUAUCCGAGCUCUUGUAAAGACAAGUUCAAUUAAUGAAUAUCUUCCAGAUGAGAAACUGGGAAAGCCAUCUAGUCUUCCUGAUCUGUUGCAAGACUUGAAGCAACGUGCAUCUGAAAGCACGAGUGAGCAAGUCCUUCGUCCAGGGAUAUCGAAGAGUCAGCCAAUUCAUGUAGCUUUAGUUGAGAGUAAGCCAAAGUUAACGCACCGCAUUAUUGGAUGGCUCAAAUUUGCAAUCACAGCGUUGUUUUUGAUCACUAUAGGAAAAGCGAUAAUGAAGGCUGCAAUAGAUAUAUCUGCUGAUGGUGGCAUGGGUGGAAUGGGACCUUCAUUUGGUGCUUCUCCUGCAAAAGAAUGGAAAAAUGAUAUGCCUCGAAAGAAUAUUACCUUUAAAGAUGUGAAAGGAUGUGACGACGCUAAACAGGAGCUUUUAGAGGUGGUUGAAUAUCUUAAAAACCCAUUUAAGUUUACUCGAUUGGGAGGAAAGUUGCCCAAGGGAAUCCUCUUAACUGGUCCACCUGGAGCUGGAAAAACACUUCUUGCUAAGGCUGUAGCUGGAGAAGCUGGAGUCCCAUUUUUUUACAGAUCAGGUUCUGAAUUUGAAGAGAUGUUUGUAGGUGUUGGUGCUCGACGCGUGAGAUCAUUAUUUGAAGCCGCAAAGAGAGCGUCACCUUGCAUCAUUUUCAUUGACGAGAUUGAUGCGGUUGGCUCUACAAGAGGUCAAUGGGAAGGCUAUACGAAGAAAACACUGCAUCAGCUACUGGUUGAAAUGGAUGGUUUUGAAGAGAAUGAGGGAGUAAUUUUGAUGGCUGCUACAAACUUGCCGGAUAUUCUUGAUCCAGCUCUUACAAGACCUGGUAGAUUUGACAGGCAUAUUGUCAUUUCAAAUCCAGAUGUUCGGGGUCGUCAAGAGAUUUUAGAACUCUAUUUACAGGACAAGCCAUUAGGUGACGAUAUUGAUGUGAAAACUCUCGCUCGUGGUACACCAGGAUUCAAUGGAGCAGAUCUGGCCAACUUGGUUAACAUUGCUGCCAUUAAGGCCGCGAUUGAUGGUGCUGAAAAUCUUACUAGAGCACAAUUAGAAUUUGCGAAAGACAGGAUAAUCAUGGGUGCUCAACGAAAAACAAUGUUUAUAACCGAUGAGUCGAAGAAGCUUACAGCAUAUCACGAAAGUGGCCAUGCAGUUGUGGCUAUGAAUACCGAGGCUGCUCUUCCAAUUCACAAAGCAACGAUAAUGCCACGUGGAUCUGCUUUAGGGAUGGUUACUCAGCUUCCUUCAGAAGACGAGACUUCAGUUAGCAAAAAACAGUUAUUGGCACGUCUUGAUGUUUACAUGGGUGGAAGAGCGGCUGAAGAGCUUAUAUUUGGUCCGAACCACAUCACUACUGGAGCAAGUAGCGAUCUCCAGAUGGCAACUGAUCUUGCCCGGUUCAUGGUAUCUUCUUGUGGGAUGAGUGAUUCAAUUGGGCCGGUUAAUGUUGCAAAGAAAACUAGCACGGAAAUGGAGUCUCGAAUUGACAAUGAAGUUGUGAAGUUAUUAAGAAAUGCUUAUGAACAAGCGAAAGCCCUUCUGGAGAAGCAUGAAAAUGCUUUACAUGCUGUUGCGGCUGCAUUACUUGAGUAUGAGACACUUAACGCCGAAGAACUAAAUGGCAUUCUUUUUCCUUCGAAAGAAGACGGGCUAAACCAGCAACAACAGACACUUGAACCACCGGUUGAGCUUCAGCAAGAUCAAGAACAGACACCGGUUGAGCUUCAGCAAGAUCAAGAACAGACACCGGUUGAGCUUCAGAAAGAUCAAGAACAGACACCGGUUGAGCUGCAGAAAGAACAAGAACAGACACUUGAGACACCGGUUGAGCUGCAUCAAGAACAAGAACAGACACCGGUUGAGCCACCAGUUGAGCUGCAGCAAGAACAAGAACAAGAACAAGAACAGACACCGGUUGAGCUGCAGCAAGAGCAAGAACAGAUACUUGAGCAGGAAAAAGCCGACACUUGAGGAAGAUGAUUUUAAUGCAUCAGUUUUCCAUUUGAAUUAAAGUAUAUAUACCCAGUGAAGAUGAAAAACCACACCUAUAUAAAAUUCUAUGGUAACCAAGUUUACUUCAAAUUUGCCUAAAAAGUUCCCACUAUUUAGGUACUAGGUUUUAGAAUAGAACAAGUCUUUUCUUUUUUUUGUCAUGAUUUACUAAUAACCUUAAUUAACAGC